AUGUGCACUACAGCCCCGACUGGUCGCCCCCUCCUCCCGACGCGAAGGCAAUGCGUUAACGCGCGCGCGCUCUCUCUCUCUCUCUCUCUCUUGUCCGACUCGGCCUGUCGUCGCGAGCCCCUUUCGAUGGUCCCACUUGCUCGGUUCCGGUCGCGUCGCCGCGACUCAACCUCGGCUCGUCCUCUGCCCGCAGCCUCGCACCUCCCAGCCGACCCCUCCCCAUUUCGGCCACGGGCUAGACUGACUUUUGGUAGAUACAGCCACGCUGCCAGGCAUCUGUCGCCCUCCAGGCAACUGGGUUGCCACGUCAGAAUCGGCAACGGCCCGUCUGGACAUGUCAGGUUGCCAUUGCGACUUCCGGUUGUGCUGCUGGUCCGAGGCGGGCAGGAGAGUGAGACUGCAAUCGACACCACUUCUGCGGCGACCAGUCGUUGUCAGGAGGGGAUUCUCGGCCUCGGUACCUUCAGCAACAGUCGUCCGGUUCGUCAGUCUGUGGAGACGCCGGCGACACAUUUUGGAGACUUUUGGCUCACUUCCAUUGGAAGCGGAAGCACAGGCCAUCAAGAGAUUGCGAUGACGAUCGUACAAGUAGACUCACCUGACGACACAUGCACAUGCUGGCCACUUGACGUACAGUGUGACUAG